AUGUACAACCAGUCGUCUCCAUCUAAAUUCCCAUCCAAAAAUUCUGAUAAAUCAUCAACUAGGAAUAUUGAUCGUGUAAAAAAACAAGAACUUAUAAAAGAUCAAAAUCCUAAAAAAAUUGGUGAUAUUGGUGGUAGAAAAAUUUUUGAUAAAAAAACUGAUUAUCAAUUUCUACCUGGUUGGAACCCUCUCAGUGUGCUCUAUGCAGAUAAGUAG